AUGAAUUUGGGUAGUUCCGGUGGAGGCGGUACCGGCACCUCAGCAAACACUUCUGGUGGCAGCAGCGGCGGUAGCGGAGGAUCCUAUUCGACCGUCUGUGGUGGUGUUGGUACCGGAAGUGCAAACAGUGCUAGCGUUAGUACAGCAGCGAGCAGCGGUGGUUACGGUAGCGGUAGUGGAGGAUCCGGCAGUGAGAUGCCUGCGGAAAUCAUUCGCCCAAAGGUUGUGACGGUGAAGCACCCGGAAUCGAACAAACCCAAACCGACCACCAAGAAGGGGAAAGCGAUCCAGGCCGACGUUGACGUGAUUAAGGAGUUUCAGCGCUGCAAAGAGGAAAACAUCCAACGGCUCGAUUUGAGCAAAUCCUCCAUCACCGUCAUACCCGCUUCGGUGAAAGACUGUACGAGCCUGGUAGAGUUUUAUCUGUACGGCAACAAGAUCUCUUCCCUUCCGCCGGAGAUUGGCUGCUUGGCUAAUCUGAAAACGUUGGCACUGAAUGAAAAUUCGCUAACGUCGCUACCUGACUCACUGCAAAACCUGAAACAGUUGAAAGUACUCGAUCUGCGACAUAACAAACUAUCGGACAUACCCGAUGUGAUCUACAAGCUGCACACGUUGACCACGCUCUAUCUGCGCUUCAACCGGAUUCGUGUGGUUGGUGACAAUUUGAAAAAUCUAAGCAAUCUGACGAUGCUCAGCUUGCGCGAGAACAAAAUCCAUGAGUUGCCAGCAGCAAUCGGCCAUUUGGUUAAUCUGACGACACUCGAUCUCUCGCACAAUCAUCUGAAACACCUGCCCGAAGCGAUCGGUAACUGUGUCAACUUAACUGCGUUGGACCUGCAGCACAAUGAUCUGCUGGACAUACCGGAAUCGAUAGGAAAUUUGUUGAACCUAAUGCGACUCGGGCUACGGUACAACCAGCUCACGUCAAUUCCAGUAUCGUUAAAGAACUGUACGCAUAUGGACGAGUUUAACGUGGAAGGGAACGGUAUUAGUCAGCUACCGGAUGGGCUAUUGGCCAGUCUGAGCAACUUGACUACGAUCACGCUGUCGCGGAACGCAUUUCACAGCUACCCUUCCGGUGGACCAGCGCAGUUCACGAACGUGACGAGCAUCAAUCUGGAGCACAAUCAAAUCGACAAGAUACAGUAUGGAAUAUUUUCCCGUGCCAAAGGAUUAACUAAGCUAAACAUGAAGGAAAAUGCACUUACCUCACUGCCGCUCGAUAUCGGUACGUGGACGCAGAUGGUGGAACUAAACUUUGGCACAAACUCGCUGACGAAACUACCGGACGAUAUACACUGCCUGCAAAACUUGGAAAUACUGAUCCUUUCCAACAAUCUACUGAAACGAAUACCGAACACGAUAGGUAACCUGAAGAAGCUGCGCGUGCUUGAUUUGGAAGAGAACCGACUAGAAUCACUUCCAUCAGAGAUUGGACUGUUGCACGAUCUGCAGAAGCUGAUACUACAGUCGAAUCAACUUAGCGCGUUACCGCGCACCAUCGGUCAUCUGACGAACCUGACGUACCUGUCGGUUGGGGAGAACAAUCUGCAGUUCCUGCCGGAGGAGAUCGGCACGUUGGAGAACUUAGAAUCACUUUACAUCAACGAUAAUCCGUCGUUAAUAAAGCUACCGUACGAGCUGGCCCUGUGUCAAAAUCUGGCGAUUAUGAGCAUCGAAAACUGUCCCCUGUCGGCGCUACCGCCGGAAGUUGUCAGUGGUGGACCGAGCCUCGUAAUACAGUACCUUAAACUUCAUUCGCCCUACCGACAGAUGUGA